CGCAAAACAGUCCAGCGUUUCUUUGAAAGUACUUCAAGAUAGCGUGAAAUUGCUGUAUUUAUGAAGUAUACGGCUAUAAAUGGACACAUUUCAUCUAAUCUACCGUUACCGACACCAAUAGGGGUGUGUUUAGAAUAUAAUGCGGCGCCUUAAAUAUUAUACGAGUUCCCUCACAGCCUAAGCACACAGUUUCCGAUUCCGAACCGGAGUGUAGCCGACUACGGACGCUAUUCCGAAAGCACCUUUUUAAUAUCAUCCGAAACACUACUAUUUAUUUAUAUAAAGGUAUUGGUUUAGGGAAGAAUGCUGACGGCGACUCCACAAGUGGAGCUUUCGGAGGCGAAACGUCGAUAGAUCUGUAUUUAACGCCAUGGCAAGCGUAGAACUUUACACCAAGGAUGCUCGGGUGUGGCUCCCAGAUACUGUGGAAGUGUGGAAGUCAGCAAGGCUCCUCAAAGAUUACGCUCCUGGUGACCAGAUGUUAUUUCUACUGCUGGAUGAUGGCACUCAAGUAGAACACAAAGUAGAUUCCCGAAGAAAUAAUCUGCCACCUCUACGGAACCCCAACAUCUUAGUGGGGGAAAACGACCUCACUGCCCUCAGCUACCUCAAUGAACCGGCAGUCUUACACAACAUCAAAGUGCGCUUCAUCGACUCUAGGCUGAUUUACACGUACUGUGGCAUUGUUCUUGUCGCCGUCAAUCCUUAUGAGAGUUUGCCCAUCUAUGAGGCUGACAUCAUCCAUGCCUACCACGGGCAGAACAUGGCUGACAUGGACCCCCAUAUAUUUGCAGUGGCCGAGGAAGCAUACAAGCAGAUGGCCAGAGAUCAACAGAAUCAGUCCAUAAUCGUGAGUGGUGAGUCAGGAGCUGGUAAAACAGUCUCUGCUAAGUAUGCUAUGCGCUACUUUGCUACAGUCAGCGGGUCCUCUGGUGACGCUGAUAUUGAAGAGAAGGUUCUGGCCUCCAAUCCCAUCAUGGAGGCCCUUGGUAAUGCUAAAACGACUAGGAACGACAACAGCAGUCGCUUCGGGAAGUACAUCGAAAUCGGGUUUGAUAAGAAGCAUCGCAUCAUUGGAGCUUAUAUGCGAACAUACUUGCUGGAAAAGUCAAGAGUUGUUUUUCAGGCCCAUGGAGAAAGGAACUAUCAUAUAUUUUACCAACUGUGCGCCUCAUCUCAUUUACCAGAGUUUAAAACCUUCAAAUUAGGUGAUGCGAAUGAUUUUCACUAUACUAACCAGGGUCGCAAUCCAAUAAUUGAGGGCGUGGAUGAUGCCAAUGAUAUGUGCAACACAAGAAGAGCCUUUUCAUUAUUAGGAAUCUGUGAAAGCCAUCAGAUGGAUAUCUACCAGAUAUUGGCAGCCAUUCUUCAUCUGAGCAAUGUGGAGGUGAAAGAUCAUUCAAGGGAUAGAAGCAGCAUUUCGCAAGAAAAUGCCCACUUGGUGGUGUUCUGCGAGUUGAUGGGGGUGCCCUGUGAAGAAAUGGCCCACUGGCUCUGCCACAGGAAACUCCAGACGACCACAGAAGUAUACGUCAAGGGUGUCUCUAAAAUCGAUGCAGUCAAUGGCCGAGACGCCCUGGCCAAACACAUUUAUGCUCGACUCUUCAGCUGGAUUGUUGGCUGUAUUAACAAUGUGCUCAAAUCGACUGAUAAACGACAUUCAUUCAUUGGUGUUCUGGACAUAUAUGGGUUUGAAACAUUUGAUACAAAUAGCUUUGAACAGUUUUGCAUCAACUAUGCCAAUGAGAAGCUCCAGCAGCAGUUCAAUCUGCAUGUCUUUAAACUGGAGCAGGAAGAGUACAUGAAAGAGCAAAUUCCAUGGACGCUGAUUGACUUCUAUGACAACCAACCAUGUAUCAAUCUCAUUGAGGCCAAGUUGGGCAUUUUGGACCUUCUGGAUGAAGAGUGCAAAAUGCCAAACGGCUCUGACGGCUCAUGGUCUCAGAAAAUGUACAACACACUGUUAAAGCAGAACACUCACUUUGAGAAACCGAGGUUAUCAAAUACAGCCUUCAUAAUCCACCAUUUUGCAGAUAAGGUGGAGUACCAGUGUGGCGGUUUCCUGGACAAAAACAAUGAUACAGUCAAUGAGGAGCAAAUACACGUGUUGCAAAAGAGCAAGUUUGAGUUCUUGCUGAAGCUGUUCAUGGGGAAAGAAAAAGCAACAAGUUCCAGCAAGGGACCCGCUACAAGCGUUAGUGGAAGAUCUGGUCAGUUACAGAGAGGUAAUAAGAAGACCGUGGGACUGCAGUUUCGACAGUCUCUACAUUUGCUGAUGGACACACUUAACUCUACGACUCCCCAUUACGUACGAUGCAUCAAACCGAAUGACCAUAAAGCACCAUUCAGCUUGGACCCUUUAAGGGCAGUGCAGCAACUACGAGCAUGCGGCAUCCUGGAAACCAUCCGAAUAUCAGCUGCCGGAUUUCCAUCCAGAUGGACCUAUCAGGAAUUCUUCUGUCGUUACCGCGUCCUUAUGAAGCAAAAGGAUGUUCUCCAUGAUGGAAAGCAGACUUCUCAAAAUGUCCUAAAAAAGCUCAUCCAGGACCAGAACCUGUAUCAGUUUGGUAAAAACAAGAUCUUCUUUCGAGCUGGCCAGGUGGCCUACUUGGAAAAGCUGCGUUCUGAGCAGUUACGAAGGGCUUGCGUCAGCAUUCAAAAAACCAUCCGUUGUUGGCUGGCACGUAAAAAAUACCUGAGGAUGAAGCAAUCUGCCAUAACCAUUCAAAGACAUGUACGAGGUCACCAGGCACGUUGUUAUGUAGCAUUUUUAAGGAGAACAAAAGCAGCCAUCAUCAUUCAGCGCAGCGUUCGAAUGUGGGCGGCCAGAAGAGCCUACCGAAAGCUGCGCUCAGCAGCUCUUGUCAUUCAGUGCUUCUUCAGGGCGCAUGCAGCUAGAAAGCUGUAUUUUAGGAUGUUGUAUGAGCAGAAGGCUUUGGUCAUCCAAAAGUGGGUGAAAGGCUGGUUGGCAAGGCAGCGCUAUCAACGUUCUCGGGCAGAUAUCGUCCUGCUGCAGAGCUGUGUGCGUCGUGUACUGGCCAAGAAGGAAUUAAAGAAGCUGAAGGUUGAGGCGCGCUCUGUGGAGCAUCUCAAGAAUCUCAAUGUUGGCAUGGAGAACAAGAUUAUGCAAUUGCAAUGCAAGAUAGAUGAGCAACACAAAGACCUCAGAGUGCUCAGCGAGAAACUGACUGUGACUGUCAAGACCCAAGAUAUGGAGAGAGCGCGACACAGCAAAGAGAUUGAAAGUCUUCAGAAAUUAGAGCAAAAGGCCAGAAGCAAGGCAGAAAAUAUCCCCUCCUUGAUGGAGCAGCUUUCCUUCCUUCAGCAAGAGCUGGAGAACACGCGUAAUGAAAAGGAAAUCCUGGAAGAUCAGAGCAACGUCUACAAGGAGCAGACACAACAGGUGGUACAGGAAUUAAAUAUGAAGAACAGCUUGCUGAACGAUGAUAAAGAAAACCUUAAUAAACUCAUUCUGGAACAAAAACAACAGUUAACAGAGAUUAAAGCCAAGGUGGAAAACACUGAAAAACUACAGGAAGAGUUAGUUGAAGAGCGUUCCCGCUAUGAAAAACUGAUGUGUGAAUACCUACAACUACAGGAGCUUCAUAAAGACCUAAAGGACGAACUGCAGCUCAGGCUGAGUCCGGGCAAGUCAUUUCACGAGAGAUCGGAAUCCAACAACUCGCCUGAAUGUAGUCCAACAAUUUGCUCAACUAAUGGACAGAACAGCUCUGGGGACAAUGCGGAUAAGACCCCCUCCACUGUAGAUCUGCCGCUCAUCCUCAAGUUCCAGAGAAGAGUGAGAGAACUAGAGAGGGACAAACAGUCAUUGCAGCAGCAGUUAGAUGAGAAGAUGGCAGAAGGGGAAGAAACCAAAGACAUAGAGGAGAUAACGGUCGGCAGAGCAGAACUAGAUUUGGAGACGCUUAAGCGUCAAGAGCUGGAGUCUGAGAAUAAGAAGUUGAAGCAGGAUUUAAGUGAGCUACGUAAAUCUCUAACUUGCGAGAACAGUGAGCUGAUACCCCCUGCUGUGGGCUCCACUACUUACAACGUCCUGCUGGAACAACUCACCUCUUCAAAUGAAGAGCUGGAGAUGCGUAAAGAGGAAGUGCUUCUUCUCCAGUCACACUUGGUCCGCCAAGAGGCUAUGAAAUACAAGGACUCUGCGCUCGCAGAGGGUGUAAAUUUAGACCUUAGUGACAUUCCCUCGUUUCAAGAUAUUGACAGGUCAACUGAUAUCCACACAUUAAAUGAGGAUGGAGAGCUUUGGUUAGCUUACGAGGGCUUGAAGGAGACCAACAGGCUUCUGGAGUGCCAGAUGCAGGAGCUGGAAAGGAAGCACAGCGAAAAGUACGAAAAACUCUUAGCGGAGGUGAACAACCUGAAGAAAGAAAAAGAACAGCAACAGAAGUUGUUGGCACAGACCUUGCUCCUGCCUGAACACGCUCGCAUUGAAGCGAGCAUGGAGCUCGAAAUCACACGGCUCACCCACGAAAAUCUGGAGUUUUUGGAACAACAGGACAAACAAGACAAGACUAUUACCAAUUUGAAAAAAGAGCUUCAACUGUAUAUGAAAAGAGUAGAAGAGUUGGAAGCUCAACAAAGAAAAACCUCCAUUGGGACAAACUCUCCUGCAAAAGCAGUAAGUAUACCUCGCAAGGAGAGGGAGUACCAGGGAAUGUUGGAGUACAAAGAGGGUGAAGAAAGCCGCCUCGUUAAAAGUCUGGUUUUAGACCUGAAGGCCGGCAGUGUGGCUGUCAGUUUUCUUCCUGGCCUUCCCGCUUACAUCAUAUUCAUGUGCCUGCGAUAUGCUGACAGGGUUAACGACGACCAGAGAGCCAGCACACUGCUCAAUACCGUCCUCUGCAGUGUUAAAGGAGUUAUCAAGAAGCGCGGAAAGAAUUUUGAUGUGUCAUCUUUCUGGUUAUCCAACACGUGCCGACUCCUGCACUGUCUGAAGCAGUAUAGCGGAGAUGAAACGUACAAGUCUCACAACACGGCGAAGCAGAACGAGCAUUGCCUGACCAACUUUGAACUGACAGAGUACCAGAAUGUUUUUGCCGACCUCGCCAUCCAAAUUUACCGCCAGCUCAUAAAAAGCAUGGAGGGCACACUGCAGCCUCUCAUAGUGUCGAGCAUGUUGGAGCACGAGGACAUCCAGGGGGUUUUAGGCUCCAAACCAAGUGGUCUGAGGAAAAGGAGCUCGAGUUCACCAGAGGAAGACGCGGUUACGGUGGAUGUCUUACUGCAGCAGCUGGGCCUCUGGUACACCACCAUGGUUAAGCACGGGAUGGACUCUAGCCUCAUUAAACAAGUUGUCCGGCAGCAGUUCUACAUCAUAUGUGCUGUCACCAUCAACCACCUGUUGCUCAGGAAGGACAUGUGCUCGUGGAGCAAAGGGCUCCAGAUCAGGUACAAUGUGUGGCAGUUGGAGGAGUGGCUGGCAGAGAGGGAGCUGAGCGACUGCGGCGCCAAAGAAAUGUUGGAACCUCUUGUCCAGGCCGCGCAGCUUCUACAAAUCAAGAAGAAGACCGAGGCGGACGCUCAGGCUAUUUGCGACAUGUGCACGGGCCUCACCACUUCACAGAUUGUUAAAGUGUUGACCCUCUACACUCCAGUGAUUGAGUUUGAAGAGCGCGUGACAACCGGCUUCAUCACCACCAUUAGAAACAUCUUAAAAGACAGAGAAGAGUUAUCAACACUGAUGAUGGACGCCAAGAAAGUCUUUCUUGUAACACUUUCCUUCUCGCCUUCCUCUGUGGCGCUGGAGGACAUUCAGAUCCCUGCCAGCCUAAAUUUGGACUUUCUCCACCGCAUCUAGAACCAGCAUUUGCUCCUCUUACAGUAUUUUGAUGUUAAAGGGAAAGACCAGGUGUAGUAUAAACUACAUUCAUAUCAAGGACAGUUGCUUAAAGCAUUUGAGCCCAAUCGAUCGCAGCGCUGGUAUGGGUGGCUAGCGGCAUCAAAAUAAUAAUAAUUUUGGACCCCAAGUUAAGGUAGAUCGCGGGAGGUUGUCUCCUUAUAAAGGAGAUCUUGGAGCAAAAAACAAUGAGAACCCCCUGUAUUAGAGUAUGCAAAUUGCAAAUUUCUUAGACCUCGUAUAAUGGAGAGAAUAAUCUUUAAACAAAAAAAUGACAAUUUAUGGGGACAACCAUUUGUCAUGUCAGUUAUACCCACCCAAAUACAUACUAAUAGACUCGAGCAGAGGUGCAUGCGAUAAUGGGUAUUAAUCACAUAACGAGAAAGUGUUAGUAAUUUGGAAAUCCAAUUGAAACCUCAAAAGACCAGACUGACUUGCCAUGUAUAUCUGCAGUAUACAGUGGUAUCUGAACCUUUUGGAAUUUGUCAGAUUUCUCCAUAAAAUCACCAUCAGAUGUGAUCUGAGCUUUGUCAAAAUCACACAUAUGAAAAAACAGUGUCUGCUUUAACUAAAACCACCCAAACAUUUAUAGGUUUUCAUAUUUUAAUGAGGAUAGUAUGCAGACAUGGCGGCACGAUGGCUGAUUGAUUAGCACGUCUGCCUCACAGUUCUGAGAUCAAGGGUUUAAUCCCGGGCUUCGGCCUUCCUGUGUGGAGUUUGCAUGUUCUCCCCGUGCCUGUGUGGGUUUCCUCCGGGAACUCCGGUUUCCUCCCACAUCCCAAAAACAUACAUGGUAGGCUGAUUGAACACAUACAUGGUAGGCUGAUUGAAAACACUAAGUUGUCCGUAGGUAUGAGUGUGUGUGUGAAUGGUUGUAUGUCUCCUUGUACCCUGCGAUUGGCUGGCAACCAGUUCAGGUUGUCCCCUGUCUACUGCCCGUGGUUGGCUGGGAUGGGCUCCAGCACCUCCGCAACCCUCGUGUGGAAAAGCGGCAUGGAAAAUGAAUGAAUGAGUAUGCAAACAUGACAAAAGGGGGGGAAAUAAGUACGUGAACCAUCACAUAUUUAAUAUUUUGUGGCCCCCUAUUUGUCAGCAAUAACUUAAACCAGACGCUUUCCGUAGUUGCAGAGCAGUAUGGCACAUCGAUCAGGGCUAAUCUUGGCCCAUUCCUCUCUACAAAACUUUGUAGUAGUUCAGUCAAAUUCCUUGGAUGUCUGGCAUGAAUCGCUGUCUUCAGGUCAUGCCACGGCAUCUCAAUGGGGUUUGAGUCUGGACUUUGACUUGGCUACACCACAAUGUGUAUUUUGUUCUUCUGAAACCAUUCUGAAGUUGUUACUUCUUUGUUUUCGAUCAUUGUCUUGUUGCAGCAUCCACACUCUUUUUAGCUUCAACUGUCUGACAGACGGUCUCAGGUUUUCCUGCAAAACAUCCUGAUAAACUUUUGAAUUUGUUUUUCCAUUAAUAACCUACCUCACCAAACUCAUCACAUCACAUACUUCAGCCAGAACCCGGUCAAGCCAACAGCACCGUCUACUCCCGCCCAGGACUCGGCUCAAGACUAUGGGCGACAGGGCCUUUACAGCUGCUGCUCCCCGUCUCUGGAACGCCCUCCCAGACCACCUCAGAGCCCCGCAGAUGGUGGAUGCAUUUAAAAAAAGGACUAAAAACUCACCUUUUUAAAAAAGCUUAUUCUAGCUAAUUUUAUUUGACUGUUUUACUUUUAUCUGAUUGGUAUCUGAUUUUAUCUGUGCUUGUGUCUGUUUUGCUUUUACUCUUUUAUUCAUAGUCUUCUUCAUUUUAUUUAUUAUUUUCUUUUUUGCCAAUGUGCACUUUGAGAUUUGUUUUUCAAAUGUAAAGUGCGUUAUAAAUAAAAUGCAUUAUUAUUAUUAAUUGCAAGUUGUCCAGGCCCUGAGGUAGCAAAACGGCCCCAAAUCAUGAUGCUUCCUCCACUAUGCUCCACGGUGGGGAUGAGGUGUUGAUGUUGGUAAGCUGUUCCAUUUUUCCUCCACACAUGACGUUGUUUGUUACUCCCAAACAAUUCGACUUUGGUUUCAUCAAUCCACAAAAUAUUUUGCCAAAACUUCUGUGGAGUGUCCAAGUGCCUUUUUACGAUCAUUAAGCAGGCAACAAUAUAUGUAUAUUUUUCUUAGACAGCUGUGGCUUCCUCUGUGGAGUUCUCCCAUGAACACCAUUCUUGGCCACAGUUUUACAAAGAGUUGAUGUGUACACAGAGAUAUUGGACUGUGCUGAUUUCUGGAAGUCUUUAGCAGACACAUUA